CAUUUUUAGUGGAGACGGGGUUUCACCAUGUUGGCCAAGCUGGUCUCAAACUCCUGACCUCAGGUGAACCAUCUGCCUCAGCCUUCCUAAGUGCUAGGAUUACAGGCGUGAGCCACCGCACCCAGCCGUCUAUGGUAUUUUUCAAGGACAGCAGGCCCUCUGGUGUAACCAAGGUGCAGAUGACCUAAGGUGUGGGAAAACAUGCAGGCUGCAUGCCAGGCCCUGGUUCCUGUGAAGACCCCACCCUCAUCCUGUCACUCCAGAAGAAUGGCACUGCAGGCACAGGGGUACUCAGCUUCCAGGGGAAAGAAACGGAUCCAGAAAAGUUAAACUCUCCCAGGGCCGGGGAUGGAAUCAGAGCUGGAGCUGUGACCUGGAAGCUCAUAACUACAAUACAGAUGAGCCCCGCUGAGGUGGGGGAAGCCUUGGAUUCCUGAAUCCCAGGCUACAGAAAUCGGGAAGGGUGUGUGGAGGCAAAAUAGCUCCGACUGGGAAGAAUCCAGGUAGGAGUGGGGUGCUGGGAGGUACUCUGAGCAGGCAAAACAGAACAAGAGGUCACACUGCACGCGGGUCUGACACCAGAAGACCCUGGUCGUCCUAUCAUUCCCGAAGGGUUAACAUGCUCUCGAGGAAAAGCAAGUGAUUCGCCUAAGAAUAGGGUGGCGCCUCUCCUAUUUUUUUAAAAUAGAGAUACAGUCGCGCUAUGUUGCCCGGGCUGCCCUCAAGCAAUCCUUUCCCACCUCUGCCUCCUAAAAUGCUGGCAUUACAGCCCUGAGCCACCGCGCCCGGCCCAGCGCCCCGCCUCAAAUCAAGAUAUUACUUCCGCUCCAAACAAAGAUGGGCCAGCGAACGAGAGCGGGGGAACAUCCGCCCGGAAGGCCACGUGAAGGCACUUCCGCCCUCUCUUAACAUGGCGCCGGCGGAAGGGGCUGGGUAGGGCCGGGCGGUAAUGGCGGCGUCGAGGGUGGAGCUGAACCUGGUGCGGCUGCUAUCCCGCUGCGAGGCGAUGGCAGCAGAGAAACGGGACCCGGACGAGUGGCGCCUGGAGAAGUACGUGGGAGCCCUGGAGGACAUGUUGCAGGCCCUGAAGGUCCACGCGAGCAAACCGGCCUCUGAGGUGAUCAAUGAAUAUUCCUGGAAGGUGGAUUUUCUGAAGGGGAUGCUGCAAGCCGAGAAGCUGACCUCCUCCUCAGAGAAAGCACUAGCCAACCAGUUCCUGGCCCCUGGCCGUGUGCCAACCACAGCCAGAGAGCGAGUGCCCGCCACAAAGACGGUGCAUCUGCAGUCACGGGCGCGGUACACCAGCGAGAUGCGGAGUGAGCUACUAGGCACGGACUCUGCAGAGCCUGAGAUGGACGUAAGGAAGAGAACUGGAGUGGCAGGGUCCCAGCCAGUGAGUGAGAAGCAGUCGGCAGCUGAGCUAGACCUCGUCCUGCAGCGACAUCAGAACCUCCAGGAAAAGCUGGCGGAAGAGAUGCUAGGACUGGCCCGGAGCCUCAAGACCAAUACGCUGGCCGCCCAGAGUGUCAUCAAGAAGGACAACCAGACCCUGUCACACUCACUGAAAAUGGCAGACCAGAACCUGGAGAAGCUGAAGACGGAGUCAGAGCGGCUGGAGCAGCACACGCAAAAGUCAGUCAACUGGCUGCUCUGGGCCAUGCUCAUUAUCGUCUGCUUCAUCUUCAUUAGCAUGAUCCUCUUCAUUCGAAUCAUGCCCAAACUCAAAUAAAGACCCCCGCCCACCUU